AUGGCAGAUCCACGGAUGCCUCUCUUCUUUGUGGCCGUCACUCUGUUCCAUGCAACUGAGUUCGCCUUCUCCGUUCUUUGCCACAGCAAGACGAUUGAGUUCCGCUGCUUCCUGCUCGCGCCUGUGCCGGCAGCUGGCUACAGCAUCGCCAUCGUUGCGGCAAUAUGUGAGUUCUGGCUGUGGCAAGCAUCGGGGAUCACCCUCCCAGGUGUCCUCGUGGGAGGUCUGACCCUGCUGGGUGCAGGGCUUGUCCUUGCUGGCUGGUCGUUGAGGACGGCCGCACUCUUCACUGCGAGAUCAAACUUCACUCACAUUGUCGCCCACUACAAGGAUCCAUCCCACAGACUUGUGCAACAUGGAGUGUAUGGCUGGUGCAGACAUCCUGGAUACGUUGGAUGGUUCCUGUGGAGCGUUUCCACCCAGAUCCUUCUGAUCAACCCUGUCUGCAUCUUCUGCUACUCUUGGGUCUCUUUCCGCUUCUUUGCAGGCAGGAUACCGCACGAAGAGGAAAUGCUGCUACAAUUCUUUGGGGAUGAAUACAUGGCCUAUGCGAGAGAGGUGCCCUGUGGAAUACCAGGAAUUUCUAGGCUUCAGCGGUGA